AUGGAGGCAAUCACCCAGGCCAUUCUCAACCGGUCCAAGCUGGAGGUGGAACAUAUUCAGAUCUCCCAGCCCACGGCGGAUUCCUUCGUCAUGACCAUUGUGAGCAGGGUCACGGGCACCGGACCGAUGGGCGCGACCAUGGCGCCAAUGACCGUCGACAUGAUGUUCAAUGGCGGCUGCUUUGGCAAGCUGGACCUCCCCGAAGUCAAGACCAAGUCAGGCGGAACGGAGGUGGUUGUUCGCGAUCAACUCAUCAAGAUCGUCGACCGCGCCGCCUUCAUGGCGUUCGUCAAAGCCAUUAUGUGCGACAACGAGUUGGUGCUGCGUCUCGACAACGGCGAUUGCACAAUCAAGGCGCUCGGCAUGUCAGCUAGAGUCAAGUACGCCAAGGACGUGCCCAUUAUUGGCAUGGGCGGCCCCAGAGUCGCACAGGUCAACUCUCAAGAGCGAGGCGGUACAUUCGUCAACACCAUGAAGGUGUACAACCCCAGUCCAUUGGAGAUUGACCAUGGCGUCAGCAUGUUUGAGCUCCGCAGCGAGAGCGGUGAAGUGUUAGCGGAAAUGAAGGGUGACCUAAAGAUUGUGAAGGGUGACUUUGAGAGCACGCUCCAUGGCAGCAUCAAGAAGGGCGCCAAGGCCACAGACAAGGCGAGAUUGGUGGGUGUCGGUACUCAGGAGUCGAACUGGUGUAACGAGACGAUCAAGUAUAUCGACACCCCGUUCUCUGUAACGCCCCAGUUUGCCCAGAUGCUAUAG